AACCGAAAUCUCCUGUUCUCUGACUAUAUCUCACUUUUCUCCUAAACUACAGGCCGCGAAAGCGCACCGACGAAAUUAGGGAAAGGAUAAUUCAUUUAUGGCCGUCAACAUUACGCUACGAUUUAUUGACAAAUAUACGACCUAUCACAGACCCAGGGAACCAGCUGACAAAAUCAGGGAAGAGGACUCUAUAGAAGGAAUACUCUAACCGACUACGCACCCUUUCCAGUAUAAAAGAGGGAAAUAUUCUGAAAGAUAUUUACUCUACACCAUGAUGAAAUUCUUCACUACAUUGGCUUUAGGAGUCGUUCUCAUCUCCUUCGGUUGUUCAUCACCAGUUCGGAUGACAAGGUUCGAAUGUCCUCCUGCAGAAGAGAUACAUCCUUGCACUUGUUCUACAAAUCCGAAGAAAAUAGUGAAAUGUGAAGAUGUUAAAAAUUUGGAUAUAGUUCGAGAAGUAUUGGAAAACAGAUUUCAAGUUCCCUUACCAACGCUGUUCCUCACAAAUGUCCAUACAAUCCAACUGCCACACCAUGCUUUCUCGACCAUACCUGUUAAAAGGUUAGUUCUCAAUGGAAGCAAUAUAAGACAGAUCCAUGAUGAUGCUUUUGAUGGCCAAGACACGCUUGGAUUCCUGAUUCUGGCAAAGGACCGAUUAACAGAUAUUCCAACAGAAGCUCUGAAGCGUUUGCCGCAUCUGAGAACUUUAAGUUUGUCUGGAAACUUCAUAAUGAAAAUUGCUAACGAAUCCCUGGCAGAAAUUGUUUCUUUGAAAUCUUUAACACUUUCUGAAAACAGAAUAUCCCAUAUCGAAAAAAAUGCGUUCCCAGAAAAUCUGGACACUCUCAUCCUAUAUGAGAACCUCAUUACCACUAUGAAUGGAUCGGUAAAUGAUCUCAGCAACUUGGAGCAUUUAUCAGUCGGAAAUAAUCGAUUAACGAGCGUCAAGAAUGAACUGAAUGGACUCACAAAGUUAAGAUUUCUUUCACUAGCCGGAAAUAAUAUAUUCGACAUUGAUGACAGUUUCGAUGACUUAAUAAAUCUCAAUUAUCUAAAUCUCGCUUACAACAGCCUUGAAAAUGUCGAUGAUGGCUUAUACUCUUUGAAAAAGCUCAAGACUUUAAAUUUGUCAUACAAUUACAUUACUGAUAUAGAUGAAGAUCUCUUCAAAAACGUGAACGAAAUCCAAAAUUUGGAUUUAUCAGGAAAUUAUCUGAACGAUGCAUGCAAAACUUUGAGACCUUUGAAGGAUAUGCAGCAAUUAAUUUUAUCGAAUACUAAUUUGCAAACAAUAGAUUACGAGUGUUUUAAAGGAAUGAAAAAUCUGGAAGUUCUGGACCUCUCACAAAACGAGCUUACAAGUAUCGACGCUGUAACUGAUCAUAUGUUUCCCAAACUUUCGUAUUUGCUGCUUCAAAAUAAUCGUUUGCAUCUUUUCAGACACGGUCUUAAAAAUCUCAGGAAUCUCGAGGUUCUCGACAUCAGCUACAAUGAUAUAGUCACACUGAAAGGGUACCAUUUCAUGCACAAUACGCAUCUGAAGAAGUUCAUGAUUGAAGGAAAUCCUUGGGAAUGCAGUGACCACUUGAUUUCAUUGUUGGAGAUACUAGAGAUGUGGACAACAGAGCUCGUUGGAGCUCCCCCUUGUUAUCUAAGCAGGGAGAUCUUUUGACCUUUGCCCUGUUGCAAACAUGAAAAGUGAUUGAACUCAUGAACGGUGAUUUUAAUACGAGAUUUCAUGCAAUGUGCAUACGCAUUGAAAGAUAAAGAAAUGAUGUACAAGCUAUUUUGACCUGACAUUUUAGUUUGUAGAUACCAAUAAUAGUUUUUCUCACAGCAUAUAAAUACGGGUCUUAUGCUUAAAUAUUUACUAAACGUGUUAAAUGAUUGCCUUCGUAGAUUUUUAAGAAUUUUAUAAGCAAUUUAAAAAAUAAUAACUCAUAGACGUAGUUAUUUGAAGUGGUGUAGUGUAAUAUGAAUUAUUUCACCUAAAUUUUUACUUACUUGUGUAUCGAUUCAUUACACUAACUAUAGAAAUAAAUUUUCUAAAUUGAGCUAGCAAAGUUACUAGUUCAAGAUAACUGAAAAAGGCACAAUAUAUUUUAUGUAUAAAAAGAAUUAAUAAAAAGUAAAAAUAUGAUUCAACAUUUAAUAUCUGAUUAGUAUAUAAAAACAUCGUGGGUUUAACAUCGUAAGGAAUAAUUAAAAACGUCUAGGAAGGAAAUAAAUAAUUUAAUCAAAUUAUUCUCAUAUAUGAAUAGAUUUAAGUUUGAAGAAUUGUCGCAAUGAAUAAUAAUAUCAAUGCCAAAUUAGAUAUCAGAUACAUGUAGAAUUCAGGGGCGAUAUAUUAAAAUGAUAGCCUUUAUAAUUUUGAGAAUAUAAGAAAUGGUCAUGAUUAAUUAGCAAGGAGACACUAAUAUUUCUAUGAUAUUUUCUAAAAAUAAAAAUUCACAUAAAAAAAUAAAUUACAUUUCAGUCUUUCUCUCUAUAUAUAUGUAUGUAAUGUUAAAUAAAAGCACGCAACAAAGCAAAAGCAAUGCAAAUAUGGGUAGUAAUUUUUUUACCCUUUGUUAUGUAUUUUUUAUACUGUUGUUCAUUAAAUAUUUUUUUUAAUUUUUGC